UAUUGCCUCCGGAUGGGGCAGGUAUGGCCGCAUUAGCCAGUUCCCUCAUCCGGCAAAAACGGGAAAUCCGGGACCCCGUGGCCAGCCGGCCUGUUUCCACCCAGAGGAAGGUUUGCCCCCGUGGCACCAAAUCCCUAUGCCAGAAACAGCUGCUUAUUUUAAUCUCCAAAGUCAGACUGUGCGGGGGUCGAAAGGGCCGGCUGGAAAAAACGCCGGAACCUCAGCUGAAAGGCAUUGUCACCAAGCUCUUCUGCCGGCAUGGCUAUUACCUCCAAGUCCACCCUGACGGCACCAUCGACGGGACGAGAGAAGAUACCAACGGUUUCACGCUCUUCAACCUGAUCCCAGUGGGCCUCCGCGUGGUUGCCAUACAGAGCACCAAAUCGGGCCAGUACAUAGCCAUGAAUGCCGAAGGCUAUCUCUAUACCUCUGCUCACUUCACCACCGAGUGCCGUUUCAAGGAGUGCGUCUUCGAGAACUACUACGUCAUGUACUCCUCCACUCUCUACCGCCAACGGGAAUCCGGUCGGUCGUGGUACUUGGGCAUCAACAAAGACGGGCAAGUGAUGAAGGGCAACCGAGUCAAGAAGACCAAAGCCGCAGCUCACUUCCUCCCCAAACUUUUGGAAGUGGCCUUGUAUCGCGAGCCUUCCUUACACAACGUUGUGGAGCUGGCCCUGAGCAAGAAAGCAGAGGAAGGGAACAUCUCUGCGCUUCCGGUCAAAGAGAGCUCCAAGGCGGAAGCGACGUAGCCCAGAGGGUCGGGGGGUGGCUUCCGUUCUCCUCUGACCCUUCGCCUCCUGCGUGAACGUCCUGCGCAGAUGUACCUCACCUCCAGCGGCCACUUGACAAAAGAUCCUCUUCCGAAACUCACAUCUGCAAAAAUCCUCAAUACCUUUCCACCCUCCAGAAUGGUCUCUCCUCCUCUUGCCUUCAGACUCUGGGACUUUGGACGCCAUGGGAUUCUGGCCCAGAAGAAGACAAUCCACAGGCCAUUUGGCCAAUUACUUUGCCAUAUUAUAAACCCGAACUUUUCCAUUUCAAGCCAUAGGUGCAAUAUGGCCUCCAUCCACUAGAGGGCGAAAUUACGAUGCUGCAAGGGGCACAGACCCAAUUGUUUUCCCCAAAAGUGUGACAAAUUCACUGGGGGUUUGGGGCUCCCAUAUGUCAAAGGUUCUUGUCUCAACAUUUUUUUAAAUGGACCUAUCCCAGUCUUCCAUGCAAACAGAAACCGUGCAGUAACAGUACCUUGCUUUUCCUACAAGGACGAUAUAACUUCGGACACCAUUUCAGGAAGAAGCAAGUUAGGCACAGGACAGAAUAAUGUACAUUAACAUCCUUUUGACCACCAACAGAAAGCAAUGCUCCAUCAACUACUACAGGGAAAAAAAGAUCUUCCGUUUCAUAACAAUUUUUUAAAGAAACGAAUACCUAUGCUAUCCCCUUUUCGGCCACUAAGUGGCGGCAUUCUCCUGUUUGGAAUCAUUGCAAGAGAUGUACAUGUUUCACUGCUGCUGUUUUUUGGAUUUCCGGAUAUAACAAUACAGAGUUAUUUUCAGGGAGAGAGGAGAGAACUAACUUUGCUUUCACCAGCUCAGGUUGCUGAGGCUCUCCUGUCCUCUUGGUAGCCCCAGGAUCCAGAGGAAGGGGAUAACCUUUUAAAAACUGGAUUCGACUAAAGUUCUUCUAGUGGCAUGGUUUUAAAAACGGAGUU